CGAAAAAGAAGAGAAUAUAAAGCUUUCCGACUGUACAAGGUUACACAGAUCGACUCCUUCACUCCAAUUUCAUUUCGGAAUCCCAUACAAACAGUCUUGUCGACGAUGGCAACGCCGAUGGCUGAGGAUAGCAACUUCGAAGAUGACCAGCUCCAUGCUAUGUCCACUGAAGAUAUUAUUAGGGCUUCACGCCUUCUUGACAAUGAAAUUCGAAUCAUAAAGGAAGAGCUGCAGAGGACGAAUCUAGAGUUGGAUUCAUUCAAGGAGAAGAUAAAGGAGAACCAAGAAAAAAUUAAGCUCAAUAAGCAACUUCCUUACUUGGUCGGCAACAUUGUUGAGAUUUUGGAAAUGAAUCCUGAAGAAGAAGCUGAGGAGGAUGGUGCAAAUAUUGAUCUCGACUCACAAAGGAAGGGCAAGUGUGUUGUACUGAAAACAUCCACGCGCCAGACAAUUUUCUUGCCUGUUGUUGGUCUUGUUGAUCCUGACAACUUAAAACCUGGUGAUCUGGUUGGAGUAAAUAAAGACAGUUAUUUGAUAUUGGACACCUUGCCAUCUGAAUAUGAUUCUCGGGUAAAGGCAAUGGAAGUUGAUGAAAAGCCAACUGAAGACUACAAUGAUAUUGGAGGCUUGGAGAAACAGAUUCAAGAACUUGUCGAAGCAAUUGUGCUGCCUAUGACACACCAAGAACGGUUCCAGAAAUUAGGUGUUCGUCCUCCAAAGGGAGUCCUUUUGUAUGGGCCUCCUGGGACUGGGAAAACCCUGAUGGCCAGAGCCUGUGCUGCACAAACAAAUGCUACUUUUCUCAAGUUAGCGGGACCUCAGCUUGUGCAGAUGUUCAUUGGAGAUGGAGCAAAACUUGUUCGUGAUGCUUUCCAGCUGGCAAAAGAGAAAUCACCUUGCAUAAUUUUCAUUGAUGAAAUUGAUGCUAUAGGCACAAAGCGUUUUGAUAGGUACUAUUUCUUUGUUUUCCGUUGCNUGCGAUCUGGUCGUUUGGAUCGUAAAAUCGAAUUCCCCCACCCCACAGAGGAAGCCAGGGCUCGGAUCCUGCAGAUCCAUUCCAGAAAGAUGAAUGUUAACCCAGAUGUUAACUUUGAAGAAUUGGCUCGGUCGACAGAUGAUUUUAAUGGGGCACAGUUGAAAGCUGUAUGUGUUGAGGCAGGCAUGCUAGCACUUCGUCGCGAUGCCACUGAGGUAACUCAUGAAGACUUCAAUGAAGGUAUCAUUCAAGUUCAAGCCAAGAAGAAAGCCAGCUUAAACUACUAUGCCUAAACUUACUGCAGGCCCCAUGGCAAGCAGCUUUUAGCUUUUCAAAGUUGAACAUGGCCACUGCCUGCCACACCCCCAAACCCCUUUUAGUAUCCCUCCUCUUCUUUCUUUCUGGGCCGGUAGGGGGUGGGGAUAGAAGCUUUGCACAUAAGCCUCUGUGCUCUCUUGCUUGUGGAUUACUGAUCGUAUGUGGAUCUCUUCUUGAAUUUGUUCAGUUGUAUACUUUCCUGCUGUAUGACUUAAUGACCUAGAAUAGCCUUGAGCUAUAUUGGCAAUCGAAACUUUAUCGUUAAUUUUGGACAAUAGCUACCCAAA